AGAAAAAUGUCGCCGCGACAGUGACUUGGUCCAAAGAAGAAGGAUCUCUUCCCGCAGGAAGAUAUUCAAUCAUCAAAGGAGCUCUUCAUAUCAAGAAUGCGACAGUCGGUGAUAAUGGAAUGUACGUGUGUACAAUUCGUACUGACCAGGGGGCCGUACAGGCGUCUGUUACACUCAAUGUUAAAGCUCGUCCUCUUAUCUCUCUUCCCACGGGACCGGUAUACUCCGAAAGUGGACAGAGUGUCAAGCUCCCGAAAUGCCGGGUAAUCGGGUAUCCCCCUCCGGUGGUAUCCUGGACUAAACUUUUUGACCAGCUUCCCAGUGAAAGAGCAACCGUGCAAGGUCAUACCUUGACCAUAACAAAGACGGAAAAGAAAGAUGCAGGAACAUACAUCUGCACCGCUACCAACGCCCUGGGCACAUCACACGCCAUGACAGCUCUGAUAGUAAAUGUGUUGCCUCAGUUUACAGUCAAGCCGCCAGACAAGAUAGAACGUUACCAUGGACAGUCAGUCACACUAAACUGUUCUGCAAAAGGACACCCAGUACCCAGUAUCACGUGGGCAAAAUGUAAAGGAGACAUUCCAGAGGAGCGGUCACAAAUGGAAGGAGGACAACUGAAGAUAAAGAGUUUGAAGGCAGAAGACAGUGGUACCUAUAUCUGCUCUGCUCGAAGCGAGUUCGUUCACGUGGAGACUGAGGUGCAACUGAUUGUUAAAACUGCCCGAGACUGUGCCGAGCUGUUUUCUGCUGGCUUCAAGGAAAGUGGAGUGUACACAGUCAACCCAACAAACAAAUCCAGUUUUGAAGUGUUCUGUGACAUGAAGACAGACGGCGGUGGAUGGACUGUCUUUCAUAAACGCUUUAAUGGGUUUGUUGGAUUCUUUAGGAACUGGGACGAGUAUAAGAACGGCUUUGGUGACGUCAGAGGAGAGUAUUGGCUUGGAAACGAAAAGAUUCAUCAACUGACUGAGAUUCCGAGCCAGCUGCGAGUGGAAAUCAACACAACAUCCAAUGGGAAUAAAUAUGCCAUGUAUAGUAAUUUUUCGGUUACUAACGAGGCAACUAACUACACACUGUUUGUUGGUUUCUAUUCUGGCUCAGCGAGGGAUCAACUUAAAAACCAUAACGGUAUGGCUUUCACUACCAAGGACCGGGAUAAUGACAAAAACAGCGGUAACUGUGCUAUAAACUACAGAGGAGCUUGGUGGUAUCACAACAGUUACCACUCGAGUCUGAAUAGUAACUAUGGAGACAGUGAUUAUUUUUGGUACUGGAGCCCCCUCAAGGGAAGUGAGAUGAAACUCAAACCAAAAUCUCCGUGAACGACACAUUUUAGUUUUUGCCGGGGUAAAGUCCGUUCAAACCGAAUGAAUCAGGAGAAAAAGCUUUUAAAAAAUAAUGAUUUUUUUAAAAAUAGUUUCUUUUACAGUGCAUCAUGAUUUGUAGCUAAAAUGGUACUCUUUUCAAGGUGGCCUUCCAUCAUCUGCACCAAGCAACCACAUCUUUCUCUCCCACGUUUCCCUGGACAUUCUACGCAGCGUCUGUCAGUGAUGUAAAUCACAGAUCAAUUAAAUAGAGCAGUUUCCAAUUAAGCGUCGAAAAACCAAAACCAAAGUAAUCACUCUGGCCAAUCACAAAGCACCCAGACAAUUCAGAGAACCAAUCAAA